CAGGAGUGGUGCCACAAUGGAAGGUGUGAGACCAGGCAGCGACACAGACAGCCCGGACCAGCCAGGCACACCCACUCCCAGGCAGGCGAGGAAAGGCUCGGGUGUGUGCAGGCUGUGUGCACCAGCCAGGCCAGACACACCCACUCCCAGGCAGGCGAGGAAAGGCUCGGGUGUUUGCAGGCUGGGCAGAGGGUCACUGCUGAGGGUGGCAACACUGAACACCCCCCCACACACACUGCUGUUAGGAACUUUGAGUGUGAAUUGUGUGGGAAAAAGGUUACUAGUAAAGGUCACCUCAAUAGACAUAUGCUUAUCCACACUGGUGCUAAAAGCUCUGAAUGUGAGCAGUGUGGGGAAAGAUUUCUUCAUAAAGUUUCACUCAUUAAGCAUGUAGCUACUCACGUUGGUAAAAACAUUGAGUGUGAAGAGUGUGGGAUGAAGUUUGCUGAUAAAUAUAGCCUCAAGAGACACAUGGUCGUCCACACUGGUACUAAAAGCUUUGAGUGUGAUCAUUGUGGGAAAAAGUUUCUUCGUAAAGGCGACCUCAAGGCACACAUGGUCCUCCACACUGGUACUAAAGACUUUGAGUGUGAUCAUUGUGGGAAAAAGUUUCUUCGUAAACUUGACCUCAAGUCACACAUGGUCCUCCACACUGGUACUAAAGACUUUGAGUGUGAUCAGUGUGGGAAAAAGUUUCUUCGUAAAGGUGACCUCAACACCCACAUGCUCAUCCACACUGGUGAGAAGAAGUUUGAGUGUGAUGUUUGUGGCAAGUGUUUCACCACCAAGAGUUCUAUUGCCUGCCACGUCAAGACACACCUGUGAGGUAUUUCACCACGGCCUGAUCACAAGCUGGACUUGCAAUUGCCAGCAUGUACCCUCCCGAUUAGAGCAACUGCAAGGCUCAUUAGUCAAUCUCUGUUACUGCCAGGACAUCACACACCCCACCCCCCUUGUUCAUGGGGGGACAGCAACCACUCCUAGUUAGUGGAAAAAGCCCGGCCUGAUCGUGGCUCAACCCGCCCCAUCGUUCCGUGGAGUGUGGCAGUGCAGCGCUUUACCAAAUGAGCUAUCAGAAAGGUACAGACAAAUAAGAACAAAAGAACAUAGGGAGACUGCAAGAAGCCUAGGGUAAGUUCACCAAUUAGUAUGCGAAAAUCGGCAAUUUUUUUUUUUUCCGAGUUCUCACCGGAAAACCGAGAGGCGUAGAAUACAGGUAACUCUCGAUUUACGCGAGUGUUGCGUUCUUGAAGAGGUCGCGUAAUUCAAAAACAAUGUAAAUCAAACAAGAGGUAGGUUUCUGUCGAAAAAUAAAUACCGUAAUUUUCGGAGUAUAGCGCGCAUUUUUUCACAUAAAAAAUGCCUGAAAGUUUAGCCCUGCGCGUUAUACGCUGAAUGUACAAAUUUUUAAUGAUUUUUUUCUUCUUCGAGAUGUUUUUAAGGGUCCGUUUUUCGUCUUAUAAAAUAACAACGGCAACCUUACCUUUAUUAUUGUUUAUAAUCCUUCAUAGUCCGUAGCUGUCCUAUAAUAUGUUACCAUAGAAUACAGGGCGAUCUAAUAACUACUAUACAAAGACUAAAUCGGUGGAGGAUCGUCCAUGCCUUGCUUUUAUCCCGUUUUUCCAUCGGGCGCCAUUUGUAUGAUCUUGAUCUUGAUGUCACAGGUGGCUGAAGAUUGUAUGACUAAGGAGCAGUACAAGCUACAUAAAAAAUCAUAUUGGAAAAAAAUGUCCAUGUGUUCAUUAUUAAUUAUUAAUAUUAGUGAGAAUAAUGGGGUGAAUAUGAUAUCAGAAACUGUACAUCAUGAGUCUUGUACGAGGAGUUAUUUCACGCAAUCCCAGCCCGGCCGCCAUUUGCAUUGUUUACAAACCACACAACCACACCCACACAUCAAACAGCUGCAUGCCGCGUGUCACCAGAACCGAGAUAUCCACUCGGGCACUCAUUCUCAGCCUCUCUCGUGUGAGGAAGAAAUGAAGGACACCAUGAGGGGCUGGCUAGUAUUGGUACCGGUACCGAGCAGUCUGGUACCGGUACCGUACCGUAUUGCUGGUACCGUUAGUACCGGUACUGGUACCGGUACCUGCCCACCCCUAUUGUUGAGUAGCGUGGCAGCGCAGGUACUGUAUUGUUCAAGUGGCGCGCGGGAAGAACUGAGCUCAGCUGUGUGGCCGUGUGAGUCCAGUUGCGUGAGACAUCUGGUGGCCACUCCAUAAAAUAUCGCGUAUAAGUGAAAAAAACGCCUAAAUUAAACAUUUAUUUGGAUUUUGGACCCCGCGUUAUUUAAAAAACGCGUAAACCAAACUCGCGUAAAUCGAGAGCUACCUGUAUUGGGUAUGGGGUAAAUUUGUUGGGGAAUGAUUGGCCUUUAUCUCAUAUAAAGAAAAUUUAUAUACAUUUAAUAGUUUUUGAGAGGGAAGGGUUGAAAGUGAGUGCAUAUGAAUUAUUCCCAAAAUCAUAUUAGUAUGCACAUGCUCCAAUUAGUACUCGAUGGCUUCUAAUUCUAAAACCUUUUGAAAUAUUACUCUAGCAUUCCAGUGUGUUAUAGACAAGAGUCUCCUGACCAUUUCAUGUUAAAUGAUGUUUGUCUAGGAAUGCAUGAGUACGGCGCUACAUUACGCGUACGUAAAAAUGAACAAAAAUUUAAAGGGCGACCGAUUUAAAUACCUGGGAUUUAAACGACGUAAUCUCCGCCGGGGACGGAUGGUCUCAAGUAGUUGUAUGGUCAAUUAUACAUGGUACUAGAUGGUUCCAGCUUUAUUCUACUAAGCAAAACACGCAGUUUUAAUUCUUUGAAAAAAAAAAAAAAAAGCCGGCAAAAUACAACAAAAAUCGUAAAUGAUAAUAUCUUUUAUCAUGUGGUUUUCAUCUUUAUUCUAAUUAAUCUUCAGUAAACUUUUAUUUUUCUCAUUUCUUACUAAUCAUAAACUAUUUCUAAAUAAACUUAAUUAUUA